UGCGAGGAGUUAUUUUCUUCAUAGUUCUGCAUUUUUAUUACUAAGUUUUGAAAAGAACGUAACCUGUUUUUUUAAAUCGCCAACAACUCAUUCCUCAGUUUGCUCAGGUUACUAUAAACGGUAACAUUUUUAACAAGGCACCUUAUAGAUAAAACACGUUGCAAAGUUGGUAAAUCAAAAUCUAAAAUAUUCCGUGGAAGAUAUCGUUCUGACGUAUUUCUAAACCAGAUUUAACCUAUAAGUAUUACAGUAAAAACUGAAUUAAAAGAUUUCACUAGGAAAGUAGUGAACAGAGAAACACUUCUUGAAUUAUAAAAAACACUUGUCAAUUAGUCAUAUCUGUAAUACACUCUGUAGUCGAUAUGAAUAGAACAACAAAUAGCGCAACAGCAAGACUUAAACAGGAUUACUUACGUCUGAAAAAAGACCCUGUACCAUACGUUCUUGCAGAACCUGUGCCAUCAAAUAUAUUAGAAUGGCACUAUGUAGUAAAAGGUCCAGAAAAAACCCCUUAUGAAGGAGGAUUUUAUCAUGGCAAACUUAUAUUUCCUGGAGAAUUUCCAUUCCAGCCUCCUAGCAUUUAUAUGACUACUCCAAAUGGUCGAUUUAAAGUUAAUACUAGACUAUGUUUAUCCAUUUCUGAUUUUCAUCCUGACACAUGGAAUCCAGCAUGGAGUGUAUCUACUAUUCUUACAGGACUACUUAGUUUUAUGAUUGAAAAGAGUCCAACGCUUGGGAGUAUUAACACAACAGAUUAUGAAAAGAAACAGUUAGCUGCACAAAGUCUGGAAUAUAAUUUAAAAGACAAAAUGUUCUGUGAACUCUUUCCAGAAACUGUUGAGGUAAUAAAAGCUGAAUUAGAACACCGUAAAGAAUUGGAAAAGCAGGCGAGGCAUCAGUCUACGGCAUCGGAAGUUUCGUCUUUGAUACGCGACCAACUACAAAGAGAACAAAGUCCUUUGCAUAGUGCUCUUACUAAUCUCAUUGUCAUUAUAGGGUUUGCAGCAUUUGCUUAUACAGUAAAAUAUGUAUUGAGGAGCAUUGCUAUGGAAUAAGUUACAAACGAUAUCCAUAGCAUUUGUCUCUGUUCUUUAGGUAAAAUAAGAAAAACGAAAGUUGUGAUAACAAUGCGUGCAGAUCUUGAGGAAAGGUGUUAGAAACUUGAUCGAGAGAUAGACUUCUAGAGUUCAAUACGCCUGGUUGUCUAUUGAUUGAAUUUAUGUUGUACUACUCGACAUCUUGAUUUCGAAUAAGCCAAUAUACCGUGGGUGUUUGAUAGAUUUUUAUAUAAAAGUUAAUUGUAAAAUACGCGUUGUACUAUAUUUGCAAAUUUUAAACCUUAUAGUUGCGAGUCAAGGGUAACUCAAGGGAUUAUCGUUAGAAACGAAAAUUAUCACUAAGUUUUUAUCCGUUUCUGAGAGUUUAAUGCUGUUGAUUGAUUCGAAUCAUUUUGAUUAACACCAUUGGCUUUGAAUCGAGUUCUGUUACGCGAAUUUCCAAAGCGUAGUUCACCAAUGAACUAUAUUUAGUAAUUAUUUGGUAAAUUAUGAAAGGGAGAGAGGGAGAGAGUGAAAGAGAUAGUAUAAUAACAAAAAUCGUAGGGGCUUCCCACCAUUACAAUUGAAUCACCAAACAUCAAAUAAUCUUGCUACAAUUUUCAUACUUCGAAAUUCUUUUUAUAUGUUCGUAACGGAAUUUUGUCCUGACGAUCCAUCAUAAAAUCAAAGAAAAGAAAAGAUACUGCACAAAUGAAACAGUCGACGUAUGCCUCUGCGAUGUGCCAAUAAAACUAAGUCGGAGUUUCUAACUGAAUCGGACUAAGCUUAAUAGAAUAUAGCUUAUAUCACAAAAUAAAAUAUGCCGAUCUUGUAAAUACGUGUAGUAGGCUAGUAAGAUACAUGUAAAAUCAGUGGAUACGGAUUUAUCUUUAAAAAGAAAAUAUGAAAUCGUUGUCAGUAUUCAUCGUUUAACUUAUCUAUGAUCGCUGGAAAAAGAAUCUUAAGAAAAUGUAUUCCAAAUCUUGCUACUCAAAAUAUACACCUGUAUUUUCAGUUUGCUCGAGAAACAUUGGAUAUUUCAUUCGGAUUUUAAAUUAUAAUUUAAGAAGUGGAACAGUUUUACUUUUUCAUGAUGCGUGUCCACUACAAGUGUUAAAUAAACUGCAGCUUAAUUGUAACUCGUACAUUAACACUUUAUAUUAUAUUGUACCGAGUAAUUAAUUAUUGAUAAACUAUAUCAAGAAUGCUAAUGACAACGGAACCGAAAAUAAAAUCGGUAAAAUUGACAUUUAUAUUAAACAGAAAGAACAAACACGGAAUCAGUUCUACUUAUAAAUUAAACAAUGUAACAACUUUUAUAUACAAAUGAAGAACGCUUAUUUUUGUCUUCAUUUUUUGCGGUUACCCAUUUACAAAAAUAUUCUCAUACCUUUCUUUUACAGUGGUAUACAGGGUAAGUCAAUUAAUGUUGUAACGUCAUAUUAAACAUGGUAUUCACAGGACCACAUGUAUGUAAAACAUAUUAAAUAUUUUAACCUGA